ACAACCUAAUUGAAAUAGACAUAUAUGGAUACGAGCGGAUUCUUUUCACCCAUGGGCCCAAAAAGCUGCUGGUUUCAUUUGGUAUUUAGACCAUAACGUCCCGUUGGCGAGUUCUUCCAAUUUAUGUGGACAGACAUGGUUGUAACUCCUUCAGCCUGAUGAUCUUGUUGAAAACAACAAACUUUCAACAGGACAGAUAAUCAAACGAACUGCACGAACGACUAUUGUAUGGAAGAUGAGGAUUAUUUGGACCUGCUUCGAGAACACGUCACUCCGACUUUAUACGAGUGGUUCCUUAUUGGUCUUCACGUGAUUGUUUUCGUGGUCGGCCUGGCUGGAAACACGCUUGUCUGCCUAGUCGUAUACAGGGUGCCGGCUAUGAGGACAGUCACCAACUACUUCAUUGUCAACCUGGCAGUAGCUGACUUUCUGGUUAUACUGUUCUGCCUGCCGACGACUGUCGUCUGGGACACGACGGAGACCUGGUUCUUUGGCACAUUCCUCUGCAAGAUCAUACUUUACCUGCAGACGGUCAGCGUGGCUGUUAGCGUACUCACGCUUACUUUCAUCUCCUUGGACAGAUGGUAUGCUAUUUGCUUUCCUCUCAAAUUCAACUCGACCACAUCAAGAGCAAAAAGCGCAAUUCUCCUCAUAUGGAUCGUCGCCCUCCUUUGCGAUAUUCCGGAACUGCUCACGCUGCACACAUUCAGACUGAAAAACUUCAACGUUGACACGGUCCUGCUCACGCAGUGCACGUCUGCUUGGGGAGACGAGACAGAGAGGAAAUACAACAUAUACAAAAUGGCCUUUCUCUACUUUCUACCCCUGUGCGUCACAUCUAUUGCCUAUUUCAAAAUCGUGAGCGUCUUAUGGAAAUCCGGGAAUAUAGUCACUGGGCAGAAGUUGACCGGCCCCAGCACCAUAUCCGGUUCGCGGAGGAUGACUCUUCUCAACGCCUCGACUGAAAUCCAGCUCAGGUCGAGGAGAAAAGCAGCAAAAAUGCUGGUCGCUGUCGUCAUUAUGUUUGCGUUCUGUUAUUUUCCAGUUCACCUGCUGAGCAUAUUGAGAUACACAAUGGACAUACCCCAGAACGACGUGACAGCCGCCCUGUCAAUGAUGUCACACUGGCUGUGCUAUGCAAAUAGCGCUGUCAACCCUCUUAUCUACAAUUUCAUGAGUGGUAAGUUCAGAAAGGAAUUCAGACGGACUUUCAGCUGUAACCAGUCUUCUCCCAGGCACGAAAACACUCUAAGGUUAAGUUCGUACAGCGGGCGCUACCCCCAUAGGACGGACGUUAUACCCCUAAGCGUCACUUCGAAUUUCGACUUGGACUAAAAAAAUUUUAAAAACAAAAAAGAAAACAUUGAGUUUUCAACGAGAAAAUUGAAUUUUCUUCGUCUCCAUUCCAAUUGCACGGAGCCGCAGUAUUGCCGUGUGGCAAUAGCACAAAUGGAGAUCGUUACGUGCAAACACGUGGUGGGCCGUGGUUACUCGAUAACAUAACGAGAAUAGAUAAUUGUCUCUUAAAAGAAAAUGUGUGUCAUUUAGAAAUUUUAAUUCUACUUUGCGUCACUUUACUCGUUUACCCGUCCUGAAAUAAUCACACCCCCCUUGGAGGCUGGAAGGUCAAUUAUGCCUGAAUCCACCCAUUAUCACAGGAUCCUCUCGAUCCAAUUAAACUCCCACUUUGACAAAUUAUACAAUAUUCUUCUUACCCUAACUAGACAGUGUGAAAUGCGUGUUAUAAAUAUGUUUAUGAAUAUAUUAUAACGACACAGGUAAGAAGUGACAUUUGGUGUUUAUUAUUUCAUUCCUGUCUCAUUUUAAAAUCUGUGAUUGUAUAACAAAUUAUCCUGUAUCGUAUGUUUGAAAAAA